GGCGAUGGAUGGAUGGAUGAAGGGCUUGCGUGAUCGAACGAACGGUCAAGAUUGCUGGCUGCCUGCUUUUCCCUCUCAACCCCUGUGGGCGUUUGUGUGUAUGUAAGACCGGUAGACAGUACAGACAGGCAGACAGACAGGCCGACCGAGAGCAAGCUGACUCGACUGACUUGCUGGCGCAGAUGUGACGGGGGCGGCGUGGUGUAGCCCUGGUGGGGUGGAAGGAUGGAUGGAUAGAUGGGCUGGCGGCACGCAGCAUCAACUGAAUGAACGUCUGUCUGUUUGGAUUUAAGCACACAAUUCGUGUAUGUAUGUAUGUCUGUGCGUCUGCAUGUAAUGUGCGUGUGUGUCCAGCACUCACUCUAUCUGUGCAAUCGACAACGUCUGUCUGUCACACAAACAAGGAGGGCAUCUCAUCUCCCCCCUCCCCCACGCCAUGCAUACACACACGGUCUCGCUUUCGCGCGAGCCGUCCUGUCCGUCACAUCCCUCCCUCCACUCACAUCGCAUCACAGGAGGCACGCGUCGUGUCAGUCACCUCAUCUAUCGCCGAUAUGAACGACUCCAGGUCGUCGGCCAGCGGACACGUCACACUCACCUGAUUGAUUCACACAUUAAGAGACAAAAGCGCGCCAAGAAUGUCUCGCCAGCCCACGAGCAGACGGCCGUGUUCACUCACCUUCUUGCCAUGUGUGUCGUAGAAGGCCACCUUGGAGAAGUGCAGCGCCACCCUCGGAAUCGACGGCACAUCACGAGCUGCCUCUCCCUCUGCGGGUUCGCCUCCCCCCGGCCCCUGACCCUCCUCAGCUUCCCCCCUGCUGUGCCGUUGUUUGGUCUCCUUGCCGUGUGUGCUGGUGUCGGUGAAGUAUGAGGGGUGCGCAUAGGACGAGUCGCCAUGGGGGGCGGCCAUGCCACCGUCAGUAGUCCUCAACAGCGGGUCGUAAGCGUAGGAUAUGCCGUCCCGCCUAACCAGGCAGCCAUCUGUGUUGUCGUCAUUGCCGCCCUCGGCCCCACCGCCCUGCUGCCGUUGGUAUCCCCCCUUGUUGUUUGCCAGGUGUUUGAGGUAGUUGAAGUAGCGAAGGUACUUGAAGUCUCCAGCCAGGGGGAAGCCGCGUGACGCCAGAUGGACCCGUAUUUGGUGUGUGCGGCCACUGAGGAUCUCCACAUCACACAGCGUGAAGGCAGACGACGACCACUGCUCCUCCUGGUAAUUGGCUGCCCCAUCCGCUGUCGUCGUUGCUGUUGGCCUUCUCUUCUUGCGGUAGCGUGAGAUGAAGUAGCGCCAUGGUGUGAAGUGUGUGGUGGCCGGCAGGCCCUUCUCGUCCAGGAAACUCAGCUUCCCAUUGCUGAGCUUCACCUGGAUCGGCCGACACAGACCAGACACACACCAAGCGCAGGCACACACAUCACAUACAUGUGCUCGUGGGGCUGCGUGAGUGUAUACUGCCUGCCUGCCACGGGUCGGGUACCUACACACCGUGCGGAUGCGUUUGUCGCAAACGUGAUGGGUAGCGUCCUUUGACGGCGGCGGGACGUGUCCGUGCACGAGUGCAGUGUAGUGCUUCUCCACGAGCUUGGCGUCGAACUGCAGCCUCAUGUGGAUGUAGGCGUCGUAGGUCUUGCCGACCAGCAGGGGGCCGCUGGUGAACCGAUCCAGACGGUGACACAUACCUGAUUCAUUGAUAGAUACAGACAGACGCACACACAGAUAGAUGCCCACGGAACGGAUGCACAUAUUCAUUUCUCUCCCUAAAAGUGCGUAUGGUCUCUCUCACACACCGUGGAAGAUGUUGGGGUCGCAUGUGGCCUCGUGUGUGGGGUAGUGCUCGUUGAGCCACAGACUGACGUGCGCAUUGCGGCUCAGACUCUUCUGAAACCCUGAGGCCUCGUCAGCCCCCGCCCCCUCUCCCUCACUGUCGGGACUCCCACAUGUUGUCGAGUAGAGUCUCACCAUCGCCGCGCCUCGGUCGACAUUCAAACCGCCACCAGCCGACGGUGACAGGCCAAGAGAUGCUCUGAGCGUCGCCAUAUCCUCGCUAUUGUCGUCUCUCCUCCUCCCUCUGUGUUGCUGCUGCAUGUGUCGCUUCGGCUCCGCUUUCUUGCUGUCGUCUUUCUUGCCAGUGUCGGUCCCCCUGGCCUGUCGUGUCACUUCAUCGAAGUCCACAGUCCACCCAGCUGGCUUGAACAAAACCAGGAUGCCGUCGUCCUCGUACAAAGGAUACGGGGUACCAAAUCUUUGCUCGAGGGCGUGGACGAGGUGUCGGCGUGAGUCAGAGGGGGCAAUGGGGGCGACAGGGAAGGAGGUGCGGUCACGAUGCUUCGACCACCUGCCACACACAACCCCAUAUAUCGUCCGAUGAGUAUUAGUGUGCGGUGUCUCCGUUUGCUUCCGGUUCUCACCAUGCAGGGGAUGCGUUUGUGGUCGGAUCGCUGUCUCGCUGCAGCUUGAGCACCCUGCACCGGCGAAUGAGCUCGUUCCGGAACAGCCCAAAGAGGUGAGGGUACACCUGCAACAGAUUGAGCUGGCUGUAGGACCACAGCAUCACCCACAGCAGAUGCUCCGAGAACGACGCCAGCUUGAAGCUGCCACUCCAGCCGGGCGAAUGCUGACGGUCUAGUGCAUCCCUUGUGAGCUGCCAUGCGAGGUCGUGCCAGAUGGGGUGAGAGGGGGACAGGUGAGCGCUGGCGAGGGCAUACAGUGAGAGCGACAGCGACGUCUCGUCAAGGUCGCGCUUGAAGGACGCCUUGGACUGGCUCUUGCCCGUCUUUUCGCCGUCAGCGUCUCCGUCCUGCUGGCCGCCCUGCAUGAUGGUCAUUAUCUGCAGCCGCCGCCUCAGCUCGUCAGCCGCCAGCCAGUAGAAGUCCGCCAGACAAGCACCAUCUCCAGCCACGGCUGAGGCAUAGUUGGACCGAGAUAAAGACCACAGCACGUCAGCCAGGCCUUGGCCAGUGAAGCGAGAGAGGAAGGGCGAGAGGAAGCCCUGGACAGGGGGCGGCCUGACACUGUCGGUGCCCUCUGGAUACUCCCUCAUCAGCUGCUCUCCUGUUGGGUCGUCCGGUGGGAUGGGCGGGACCGGUGAGAAGUCAGGGGCGGAUGAGGAGGGGUGGGGGGCAAAGGGAAACGGCUCCGACACCCGGGCACCAUGCUGGGCCAAGCGGUCAACCUCACGGAACAGCCUGCAAUCCAUGCAGGGAGGGCACAAGGGCAAUUGCGGUAAGGUGUGUGUGGGUGUACCGCACUUGCCGAUGCGAUGCCAGUGCACUGCGUGUCCGCCUGUCUGUCUGAGUGGCUGGGUGGCUGGGUGCUGACCUCUGCACUUUGACGGCGGUGUCCGGGGGAAAGUCCAGUUUGGUCAAUCCCCAUAUCGCCAUCGACGUCGACUGCGUGUCCUCUGCACACAAGACAGACAUGCACAAACAGCGGUGGCACGAGAGAGAGAUGACAAAGAGAGAUGCAUCCAUCCAUCCAUCAGUGUCCAUCCCAUCCAGGUUGCGGUUGCUCACGUGUGAGUUGGUCGGGCACCUUGACGGCCUGGUCGAUGGCGCCGUCGACCAACUGGCGCAGCGCCUCCCUGUCACUGUCGCCUGUGUACCAGUGCCUCUCCCUCUUGCUGUACAGUCUAAUAUACAUGAUGGCAUCGUCAUCAAAGGUUUCCUCGUCGCCCUUCAGCAGCCUCUUGCCACGCCGCUGCUGCUCGUCGUCCACACCAUCAUUGCUCAUCCACGUGCGCCCGCCCACCUCGUCAGGCCGCCCCCAUAUGGUGGCCACAGACCAUAUCACCAUGGCGAUGUCAUACGCAUUGUACUUGUGCUGCAGCGACGGACCCGCCAGCGUGAACUGGGCGACGCGGCCGAAGAUGGCCUCGAGAGAUGGCGUGUGCCCAUGCGACCGCCGCCUCGGCGCGUCCUUGUGUGUUUUGGCAAUGGUGUAGAAUGUCAUGCCGAUAUUCCGCGGCUUGCAAAGGUCCAAGGUGUCCGACGCGGCUGAGUUUGCCGUCUGGGGGUCGUACCGCCUCCACAGAUCUUGCAAGAGGGCGUCCCAUAACGUCAUCCUCUCGCCGUCGGCCGACGCCACAGCAACAUUGAGCAGCUUGAGCUUGGUUGCCUGCCAUAGGACGUUGACGACGAAGAGCGGGAGGGCGUCGGGGAGGUGCAGGGCAAUCCUUGGGACGAUGGUUUCUCGCAGCAGACCUAUGUCAGGCCGCUUCUGCUUGGAUGCUUCAGCCUGGACCACAAUCACAUGGCAACAAGCGAUGAGUCAUUCGUGGUCAGCAGCACAGCAUCUUUGUGGCUCACCAGAUAUCUGAAAAGGUGUUUGUCUUUGCGGCCAUCCCGGUCACUGCUGGGCGAUGGCGGCGCCUCGGGUCCCUCACUGGAUUGCUCAUUCGAAGCUGAGGAAACCGUCACUCGCUGUCGGAUGAAUCGAACAAAGGGGAUAGAUCUCAAUCUUCUUUGCAGUGGACGAAGAUAUGGUGCACUCAGCGGUAUCAUUCUUAACUGUUUCAUCCAGAAAGGGUUGGUUGGUUGGUUGGUUAGUGUGUUUAGCGAGCCUCGUGUCUGUAACCCCGGAGGGAUCCUGUUGUCUCACGCACUAAACUAGCAGCAUGUACAUGCAAAGCAUGCACACGGCCUGUCUACCCCUCCCUGCACUGGCACCGGCGGACAAACAGAUGGCAACAGAGAGCACUGGCUGCCUUGUAGAACGUUGACAAACACCGAUUCCGGCUACAUACACAAGAACGGGCGCUGUCGCCCAGCAAGAGCCAUGGCAAGUGUACAGAAGCCAGAAGGGGGAAGUAGAAAAAUGAGCGUCCUCUGAGCCACCAAAGCAACAAUCAGCCAAUCACAUGAAUACACCACCAUAUACAC